AUGGUUUACAUCAAAGUGAAACAUUCGGAACAGGACAUGUUUAUGUUCGAGGCACACUAUGAGACAGAUCUCGAUACAGUCAUUCGGGGAGUGGCAACCAUCAACAACUUGAGGGUGCGCCUGAAGAAUUUGGUGUCGGAAUUGAAACGAUUGAAAGAAAAGGGACCUCUCUUACCAGAGAAAUCUCUGGAUGACAUGCCUAAAAUUGAGGAGUUGUCAAUCGACGACGAUGAAGAGGAUCAAGCAAAACAAAAUUCGGAACCUAGUUAUGGAAAGCCUAUUUCCGAUCCAAAUCUCGUCUCCACCAUCGAUAAGGUGAUUGAGGACUCCAAUCAAGUGCUAAGUGCCGAGAAGGCAAACAAAAAAAUAUCAGUCUCUGAAAGCGAGUUGUCGGAUUGUAUAAUGAAUAUUAAGGGAGCCAUAACGAUGGCUUAUCCAAUGGGCUUGCCAAACAGCGAUCCAAUUUUGAAUAUUUUAGAUGAAAAGUUUGUGACUAAAGAAAUGUAUGAUCCUGCAACCUGCACCUUAUGGUUCUGUGGCAAGGAGCUCCCCAGAAAUACCAAAUUAAUGGAUAACAAAUCGAUUGGAAGAAAUGACAAGACCCAAAUCAUUGCAAAAUUGGCCAAGAAAGGUUCUGGAGCUCCACCCAGAGAACAACCCGUGUCAGAAGAGGAUCAAAAACGUCUCAUGGCCUACUAUUAUAAAAAACAAGAAGAACACAAAAAGCUCGUCGAGGAUGACGACCUUUCCUAUGUCAAUAGUGGUUGGGCCAACCCCAAAUCUCUUCACUCUCAACUCCAUGGUUUAAACUCGGUGUCUUGGAAAUAA